CUCCGGCCAACGCUCACCUCCUUGCUGCCACUGGCCUGCUCUAUCCCCUACGCGUGAAAUAAGAUACAGGCUUAUUCUAUGGAACAGCAUGCAAACGGCGCAAACGGCAUCGAUGUGAACACCCACCAAGUCAAGCUUGAGGCCGCCUCCGUUAACGGCGUUCUCUCUAAUGGAUUCAUCGAACCAUCAGUAGAAGAGCUUGAGACAGAGCUACCUGUUGUCUACGAUGGCCAAGUACCGCUCGGAGACCUCUUGUCCAGGGUCGUGCAGGCUAUAUAUGCAGAGCUGUCCGAGCUGGCUGAUACUUUGCCCAACAUGUCGGACGCCGCCCGGAAACGUACACUCGCAGACUGGGUCGUGAAAACAAAGAAACAGAUAGUCAAGGUCUACGCUAUCACGAAAUGGGCGCGCGAUGCGGAGACGGUCCAGAAAUGCAUGAACAUCACCGCGUUUUUGAUGACUCAAAAUCAGCAAUUUGAGGAUGUCAUGCGAGGGUUGACGUACGCAAAGGAAAGCUUGGACCCAGCGAGGCUGCGAAACCAUGAUCUGCUUACCUCCCUUGAUGUCCUUACGACUGGCACUUACCGACGACUUCCUACUGGCAUCAAGAAAUCGAUCAUUCCUGUGUCCCCUCUGACCGAUGCCGAAGUCCAAAAGACGCUCAGCAACAUUGAAGAUGUCAUCCGUUUUCGACUCCGUCUAUCCGAAAUAGUGCCCAUCGAGAUGUCGAGACACCACAUCUCCCACGGACAAGUUCACUUCGUCGUCCCGAAGCUCUUCGAGGUAUCACUAUGUCUCCGUGGCGCAGAGCAAGAUGAUGGCUGGUUCUUCGUACACGUCAAGUUCCUCUUCAAGAUAGGUGGAGAUGUGACAAGCGUUCACGAUUUUCCCUCAGAGCCAACCGGUAUGCUCAAGCGCCAUAUCGGUGAAGAGGCAGACACUCGCAUGGCGUACUACCUUCCAUUCCCUGAAGUCGAGGGAAUGCUUCCUCCCGAAAAUGUUCCCCCGCGACCGCAACUCCCCGAAAACACCGUCGAUGCCCCACUUGUCCGCCUAUACAACUUCCUUCAGAUCAUGUCCAUGUCCUAUCAGCUAGAAAUACUUUGGUACCAGGCCGAACGGAUGCGCUCACUCGGCUGGGCAGACUACCUCAAGGUCGAGAUGAAGAAUAGCCGCAAAACACUGGUCGUGUCCUAUUGGGCUCGGCCACCAAACUCCUCCACCUCGCAACCGCAGCCCCCAGGCGCAAGCCGCUUCAAGCUCCCCGAUUUCGGCGGUACACUCACCAUCUCCAUCGUCGAGAACAAGAACCUCCAGCAAGGCCCCGGUGGGCCCGCACGCUCGCCAAAGGCUAGAAUCCUCGCCGAGAUGCAGCAGCGCGUCAAGCUCGGAGGCGCACAACCUUCCGACGUGAUCGAGGGGCUCAAAUUCGAUGUACGGUGGGAGGCGAUGAAGGGUGCGCUGGGUGUGUCUCCACCAGCGUCGAGCUUUCAAGUUGGGGAGUUGGUUGUCGACACAGAUUGUCUCGACUUCGAAAGUUUGCUCCGGCGCGUCAUCGAUGCGCAUGCCAAAGCAAUCCUCCAGACGUUCCAAUGGCAACUCCAGCACGGCUCGACGAGCACCGUUUUCUCGGCGCCUGGCAAGAUUGUGCAGUCCUCAGAAGGCGGCAACCACUCGCUACGCGUCCAUCUAUGCGCAGACGAAGUCGUCGUGGUAUCAAUUGAUACUCGGACAGGUCGGCUCAAUCUUCGGGAUACGGGUGACUUGGCUGCUGCAAGCCGUGGACCACGGUUCGCUGCGAUAUCGGAGAAGUUGAAUGAAAGCCCGUGGCUUUUGUUGGACGCUCUUGUCAGAUUACGAUUCAGCACAAUUUCGACUCUUGCGGAGCAAAAGGCAAGAUACCUUGGCUUCCAAGUGUAUCGCACGCGCAAUUUUGGCCGUGAGGAGAUGCAGAAACUCGGCCCAGACGCCCGUGGCACACUCUUCAUCCCAAUCAUAGGCUCCGCCGAACACCACCCCAUCAACGGAACGCGCGAAAGCUACCUCGUGAUUGUGAUCACAGAUGGUGACUUCCGCUUCGCACUCGUGCGGUCCGAGCUGCAACGCGAGACCAUGUACCAGAGCCGGAUAUUCACGGACGUGGGAUGGCUGAACGUUCAGCGAAUACAAGGCGAAUCGUACGAUCCUGGCAACGUGCUGGCGGCAGCGAGGGUCAAGCCAGCUGAAUCUGGGGGCCAGGAAUCGGUAGAAAAUGCGUUGAUCAGUGAGAGUAUUGAGAGUGCGCAAGGGAGCUUCAACCUAGGUACCCAACUUCUUCGCGAGCUCUAUGCUUACUGCUGCGCGCGCGUAGCAUAUGGCAAAGUCGAAUACCAGUUCAAAUGCCGCGACAUUCCCUGGACGUCCGUGCACCCCGGAUCCAAUAUCCCACUCACCCCCGAGCUCGCCCACGUCCAAUCCUCUCUGGCACGCUCCGUCCCCGCUCUCUGCGUCAAAGCGUCCGACAUUCUCUCCGGCGCACCCGCCGCAGAAGCAGCGAUGCCCAACAUCCGCGUCAUCCCGCUCAACUGGUGGACCGACAAGCAGGCGCAGGUUGUCACCUGCGUCAAGCUCAAGUACGUGCAGCAGCCCGUCGGCAAGCGUGCGAUCGGGAGCGGCGGGAGCGCAGGCACGAUCCGGCCGAGCAAGCGCAUCAUAUACGACCCGCAGGAGGCGGUCGUGUCGUUUCUUUCGGAGCAAGUCGAGGGCUGCGUGGACGAGUUCCUGGAGGAGUGGGCGCGGGUGUCGAAGAUGGUGGUGAUUGCGAGGGAGGUGGCGAGGAUGAGCAAGGAGAAGCAGUGGCCUGACGUGCGGCUCAUAUCGUUUGAUCUGCAGACGGUGGAGUUUGCGUAUUCUGGGGAUUACUCCGUCUCAAUAAGCGCGACAGAUCAGCUCUCCAGCACCGGCGGUACCUAUGAGCUCCGUCUUUCCCGCUGCUCUCCUCAGUCGGCCUCGAAACAACUGCUAGGUCUCCCGCUUUCGGUUCAGCCACGGCCGCAAUCAAAUCCUCAUGAAGAUGCCGAGCCCUUUUUGCGUCAAAUUCUUCGACAAGGGCCGCUAGCGCUGUCCGUCCAUACACUCGUAGGAGUGCUUCGAGACACGCUACCCAUUGCAGUGGAGCUAGAACGAAUGCGUCUCGCCGCUGACGCGAAGAGCUCACCUUCAAAGGCCAGAACGCAGACCAAGCCAGAAAUUGCGGUGGAAACCAUAGUCAAGGGCGUGGGCUGGUACCGCGUGCUUUACGGUGACCUGAGACAUGCACUCGACUUCCGAUUAAUGACGGGACAACGCAUCGUCAUUCUCGACGCCUCUCAUUCACUAUUCAAACCCCCCAAUCGACCGCAAGAGCCCAUGGGCCCGCCUCAGCUCCCGCAGGCCACCCUCGGUGGACUGAAACCCAUUCCCGACUUCCGCGCUAUCCUCACCGAUGCAUUGCGCUCCAUACGAGCCCACGCGCAGAGUGGGAAAUUUGCGGCCAUCGAUGUCGGGGUCGUCUGCGAUAAGAGCGUCGUCGGACCUGUGGCGUGCGCAAUACACGAGAGGGUAUUGGCCAAACUGAAAGGGAAAUUGACGUAGGCUGUGUAUUUCCCGUACUCGUACUUUAGUUACCUGUUAUUGCUAUUGUCCUAUAAUGUUCUCG